CUCCUGAAGAGUCUGGAAACAACCAAGGAACAGGACGGCCACAAAGAUGAGGAGCAGGGAAAACACCAGGGCUACAAACUGACCUGGAGCACUUUAGAAGAGUUGGAGUCAGUUCAUGCACAUGCACACAUUUUUAGGAAUCUGUGGAGCCGAUGUUUACUCAACACAGCCAUUGACAGGUUUCACAAGUAACUUGGAUAAUUUUUUGGACUGUCCAGUGGCUAUACGUCAGCAUACUGCAAAUAACUGUGGAUUUUAAGCUGCUGCUUUUGGCAGCCCUAAAACAAUGGCACAGUGCAUGGAAGAGGCAAACCUAGACAAGGUGGUCCAGAAUCCAAAGGACAUCGAGGACUCAAGUGAAGUUUUUGCUGAGUCUGCAUCAGCACCCGUCAGCGUCAGAACUACAGACCUGGGUCUGAUUCGAAACUUGUCCAAGUCGGACUCUGAUUUGUUGGCGUCACCACCUGGUGAAGAAGAAGGAGGUUUUGCUGGCCGCAGUGGAUCUGUGUCUAACUGCAGCUCUGGGCAGCCGUCCAUGGAGCGCAUGCCUUCGUUUGCCUCUGAGUGGGAUGAGAUUGAGAAGAUCAUGAACUUGAUUGGAGCAGGAAUUGAAACAUCCAAAUCCAAACCAAGCUCAGAUGGGGCCUGUGGUAAAGCCCUGGACCAGCCGGUGGGAGAGUGGCUGGAGCACGUGGGGCUGCCGCAGUACGAGAGCAAGUUCCUGCUCAAUGGUUUUGACGACCUACGAUUCAUGGGAAGUAACGUGAUGGAGGACCAGGAUCUCAGAGACAUUGGGAUCACUGACCCAGGACACAGAAAGAAAAUCCUCCAUGCGGCACGCAGCUUGCCUAAGGUGAAAGCUCUGGGUUGUGAUGGCAGCACAUCUCUUGCCUCCUGGCUGGAUGGCCUUGGUCUGCAUGAAUACCUGCCCAACUUUCUCUCAAGUGGCUACCGCACUCUGGAGUGUGUGAAAAACCUGUGGGAGCUGGAGAUUGUCAAUGUUAUUAAGAUCGGUCCCCUGGGCCACAGGAAAAGGAUCAUUGCCUCUCUAGCAGAGAGACCCUACGAAGAGGCUCCAACAAAGUCCCGUCGUCUCUCCCCAAUUAUGUUCCACGACCUGCUGUCCCAGACCACGUCUCCCCUUAGUCAGAUGGACCCCUACACCAGUCGCUCCAUGGACAUGCUACUGCCGCUGACUGAGUCCGACCGGAGACGGAGAGGAGUCGACCAGGAUUGUAGCGUUUCUCUGCGAUCCUAUAGUGAGAGGCCGCGCUCUGUUGACAGACAUAGUGAAAGACACAAAGAGUCACGUCUAAACCUCCGGCCUCCGAGCCAGUCCGCUACCUAUGCCACAGUGUCCGCCUGGCAUCACCAACCCGAGAAACUCAUCUUGGACUCCUGUGGAUACGAGGCAACUUAUCUAGGAUCAAUGAUUAUCAGGGAUCUACGAGGGAUUGAGUCCACACAAGAUGCCUGUGCUAAAAUUAGGAAAUCAAAGGAUUCAAGAAAGGGUCCAGUUGUCAUUCUGUCCAUUACCUACAGAGGGGUCAAGUUCAUUGAUGCAGCCUCAAAGACCAUAGUUGCAGAACAUGAGAUCAGGAACAUCUCGUGCGCUGCACAAGAUCCAGAUGACCUCUGCACUUUUGCUUACAUUACCAAGGAUCUGAAGAGCGGCCAUCACUUCUGUCAUGUCUUCAGCACCGUGGAAGUGACGCAGACCUACGAGAUCAUCCUAACACUGGGACAAGCUUUUGAGGUGGCCUAUCAGAUGGCGAUCCAGACCAGGGCAAGACAGUACGUCCCCGUUUCAUCUCUGACCUCGGAGGUCAUAGAGACCAAAACCAGCCGCCCCGUCUCUCAGUCAUGGAGCAGCAUGCGGAGAUCAGCAAUCGACCCCCUGGAGAUGGACGCAGACAUGCAGUCCCUGGGAAGCACCACCUGGCUCUUGGACCAGCGGGAACCCAACAGACGCCCUGUCAGCACCAACCUGUCCUGUCUUACCAGGCAUCUACCACUGUGAGGCACUAUGAGGAGGCUGCUUUGCUAGCAUGGGAUACAAGAUGGACAAUUAAUCAAAUGAAAAGACAAAACAGCAACAUGCAGCAAACAACCUUUUUUUCUACGCAUUUGUACAAUAGUCACACGAUGGAUCGCUCAUGAAUCUAUCACUGAUGUCUGAACUCAAAACGGACCAAGAACUGAACACUUGUACUCUGGCACACACACAUAAAACACACACAGGAGGACAACUUUCCCACACUAGCCCAAGGACAACAGCCUUACUUCGUUUCGUUUAUCUAUAUUCAACUAAACCCCCCCAGCCCCCACCCCCCUCUUUUAACCCCGCCGACCUACCUGAACACAAGUACCACCCAACAAGUGCACGCCUCCCCUUUCCCCCCCUUCCUGCCGCUCCUGAAAGACUUAAAAAACAAAACAAAAAACACAACACUUCUUCUGAUCUCCUGGUGUAUUAAAUUGACUGUGACUGGAAAAAAAAAAAAAAAACAACCAAGGCUGGGAUGACGUGUUCUUAUGAUGGUACAGUUUUGUCCAGAUGAGAGUGUUUUUUGCUCUGGCCUUGUACUGCCCUGUGCCUCUCAGCAUUCACGGUAGCACUGAGAGACUGCAAAUCACAGCAUCUUCUUGUCAAUUUCAACAACAAACACUGUGUUAAAACAUGGCAUUAUCCCUUUUAAUACCUUGUUUUUCGUUCUUGCCGUGCACAUAAUAGGACUGGUAACUUGGUGAAUUUUGUGAUACUUUUUUGAUAGACAGGGAGCUGACUCUGGGAUAGAAUGAUAAAUGAGGGAUUUAAAAACAAAACAAACAAAAAACGGGAAUGCCACCAAAAAAAAAAAAAAAAAAAGAAGUAUAUUGAGUGUAUUCCAUGUUUUAUGAUUUAAAAACACAAUUUUCUUCGCCUUUAGCAUAUUACUGUGCUCGAGCACAAUUUGGCGCACAAGACCCAGCGUAGCAUCGUAUUUUCUUGAUUACAUGGGUAGGUACCCGUGAUUUUUUUUUUUUUUUUUUUUCCACUUCAAUUUAGAAUUAGGUAAAGUAUGUCACUUGAAAAUAAACAGCGGCGAAAAAGGUUUAAUUCUACCGCAUUAAAAAGAGGAAAAUCUUAACCGUUGCUCCGGUGUCGUUUUGAUGCAAAUGGAUUUGCUAUGCUGAGAACAUGACGCCGUUUCUUUUUUUUUAUUAUUAUUUCUUUUUUUUUUUUUUAAGAAUCUCCUCCUGCACUGUGACUCAAAAAUGCUCGUUGUGGAGUCGACACAUAUCCGUGGGUUCUCCCCCUGUGUUGCACUACCUGCUGUGCGUGCUGUAUGCCUUGUUUCUGUCUGUCCUCAUGGGAGUUUGGACUGUUACUGUUACAUCACCGGCCACCGUCCUUGUUUUUUUUUUUGUUGUUUUUUUUUAUUUUUCUUUUUUUUUUUUACUGUGUGCUGCUGCUGGAGACGUGAGGCGCUGAGCUCCUCUCUCCAGAAAAAUAGUGUGUUUGGAGUCUGACUGUUUCAGAUGUUACUGGUCUGUGUGUGGUACCGUGGCUGUGUCAUUGCCACUUUGUUCUGACUGUUAACUGUUAGCUUCCCCCGAUGAUGCAUGUUGGCAGUGUUUUUUUUUAUUAUUUUUGUGUUUUCCGUACCCUUUGAUGCACUUGGCCUGAGCAGUCUUCUGUAUGUACUGUAGCAGUGUCUCGUCUCCUCUCUUUUCAUCUGCCAUUCGCUUUUUUAUGUCCCCCCAAACCCCCCCCCCCCUUUUUUUGUCUUCUUUUACACCAAAUAUACAGCGACUCAUCUCCCCCUUUUUGUCCCUCCACGUUUCCAUCGCCGUCAUCCUCUCCCAUCCUCAUCAUUUUGUCACGUAUGUUCUUCCAUUUUGUAUGUUACCAAGACACUCAACCUGCUGUAGUAUGGAUGCAUAAUAUAAAAGCAUUACACUUUAAUGAGCAGCUAUUUAAAGCAAGUUUUGGUGGCAUGUUAUGGCUGUGCAUGUACCGGUCUUUUAACAUUCGUGUUUUCCUUGUGUAGCUCGCCCCAGCGUUCAAGUUUCCGGAUACCAAGCUGUGAGUUGAAGGGGAGCAGCCAAUGUGAGUGUGUUUGCGUGUGUUGAGUUUAGUGGGCAGAGCAGUGGAAACAGAUAGAGAGAGAAAAGAGAGAAAAACGAGAGGUAAGCCUUAUGCAACGUGCAGGGCCGACCAGCACUACUCUGACAUUUAGAUCUCACUCUGUAUAUCCCCUGCUCCUCCACUGCCCCUGAUACCAAUCCCAACACAAAGACAAAAAAAAGAAAAAGGCAACCUGUUGUCCCACAUCACCGGCCAAACAGGACCUUUGUAUCACUCCUGUCUCGAGAAAGGUCAGUCCGAAAAAGGUCAAAGUCUAUUUCCUGGCCUUGCUGCGACUUUCCGAUCUUGUCAAAUGUAGGUACUGUAAUGUUUAGAGCACUGUAGACCAUUAAUGAUAUAGACCAUUAAUGAGCAUUUCUAUUGAUUCAGGUCUAUUGGAGAUAGCGACUGUGGGAAUUAUUAAGGGUAAAGAGAAAUGUAACAAAAUGUAGAGAAAAGAAAAAAAAAAAAAAGAAAAAACUGUACCAGCAUACAAUGCUUUGCCCAUGUUUGUGGACAGAGUAUGGUUUGUCAAUGAAAAUGUGAUACUGUUUCAAAUUUCAAAGCAAUAUUAUAUUAAUGAAAUUAAAUAAUACAAUGAUAAAAGAAUCCUUCCCAUGUCUCAUCAGCAUUGAUUUAUUUUUUUUUUUAAUGCUUGAGUAGUAAAAGAAAAAAGGAAACAUUACACAGAUUCCACUUUAAGAUUACAUUUGUUAUAAGAAAAAAAAAAAAAAGACAGCGAGAUAAACAUUGCAAUCACUUUACAGUUCCAAGUGUUUCCCUUGUUACAGAAUUAGCGGGUGGCACAUCUGUGAACAUCCAGCCUCAGCUCGGCUCAGAUGUAAAAUCCACUAAAAGCCAUUUGUCUAAGAAAAUUACUCCUCAACAAAAGUAGAAUAAUGUAGUCAACAUUCAGGACUAUAUCCAGGGUCCUCAGAGACCCUUUAACCUCUAGCUUUAAUAAGGUUUUGUUCAAUUUAAAGGUUUUGUUUGGAGUUUUUGUCAUAAAAGUAAAAUAAUAAUCUUAGAAGUAAAGAUACACUAUAUGGAUAACAUUUUUGGGACACAUCUCAUCUACAGCUUGUAGGAUUUCCCUUUCCUGUUAA